UCGUCUCCAUCAUCAUCCUCCUCCUCCUCAUCCUCCAUUCCCGUUCCCCACAUUCCCCUCUCUCUCUCUCUCUAAACCAUAGAUUUCUACCGUCGCUGACGCACGCCUCGACUCCUUCUUCUCCUCCUCCUCCAUCUCCCUCCUCCCUUCGAUCGAAGCUCCAUGGCCGACAGAUCCAGAAGCGCCGCCGCCGCCGCCGCCGCCGCCGCCGGCAGACGCCAGCCCAGCCGUCUCCAGCGCCGCGCCCCGGCCUCCCUCCAGAUCGCCAGCCCGGCCUCCCAGCAGUGGAACGUCGCGAUCCCCCUCCUCUCCCCCCUCGCGUCCUCCCCGACCUCGCCGCCGACGAGGCUCGCCGACCUCCGGUCGUCGUCGGCCGCGCCGGCCCCGGCGGGGCCAGGGCGCGCGAGGACCAGCCGGAGAAGAAGCCGGCGGCGAUCGCGUUCAAGAAGUGGCAGCACCCGGCGGCCCCGUUCUGCUACGAGCCCGCCCCGCGCAAGCCGUCGUUCGUCCCGGGGUGAAGCGCCGGAGUUUUUUUCCUCUGCGCGUGUACAGGAGGGAUUCGUGUCUCACGGGGGGCCGUCUGAUUUAGAUCCGACGGUGCUCGUGCGCUUUCCCCGAAGCGCGCGGGCCGACCGACUGACUUCAAUGUAGCUGCUAUAAGAAAAAUGUAAUUACUAUAUUAUACACCGAAUACGACCCCCCAUUUAUGUUGAUAAUUUGACUUUUGAUGGGGGCGAUUUCGUCUUUUCACGGCGCAGCAACGGGUUUCCUGAGCCUAAUGAUUCAUGGUCGCACCCAAUUUCAUUUUUGCCUUUCUUCCUUGUUUUUUUCUUUCCUUUAAAAUGAAAAUCUCAGGGAUUGUCGUU